AGUGUAUAGUGAGAACCUGGACGCGGGUUUCCAUGUGCUUUGUAACACUUUAAUUUGACAGAUUAAUCUUUGUUCAAAGUGUUACGGCACUUUCGUUUGUAAAAGGGAACAAGAUACUGUACACUGAACGUCAAUGGGGAAAACUAAAAAGACACGAAAGUUCGUGAUGCAAAAGUUUGCACAAAUGAAGAAGAUGAUAAGUUUAAGCGACUCGAGAAUAAAGCCUGAAAAGCGUGCACCACCGAGGAAAGCUAAGAAGGAAGAUCCCACGCGACUCAAAGUAACAGAAGUGCCUCAACAGUCCUCGGCAUUAUUCUUUCAAUAUAACACCCAAUUGGGUCCUCCUUACCACAUUUUGAUAGACACAAACUUUAUAAAUUUUUCGAUAAAGAAUAAAUUGGACAUUAUAGAAAAUAUGAUGGAAUGUCUCUAUGCAAAGUGCAUACCGUAUAUAACGGAUUGCGUUAUGGGGGAAUUGGAGAAACUUGGACAGAAAUAUAAAAUAGCAUUAAAGAUCGUGAGGGAUCCCAGGUUCGAAAGAUUAAACUGCUUGCACAAAGGCACAUAUGCGGACGACUGUAUCGUCAAUAGGGUGACUCAACACAAAUGUUAUAUCGUGGCAACGAACGACAAGGACCUGAAAAGGAGGAUACGAAAAAUCCCUGGUGUGCCUAUAAUGUUCGUCUCUCAGCACAGAUAUAACAUAGAGAGAAUGCCGGACGCAUACGGAGCACCCAAGAAAUAGUUACUUAAUUUUAUAAUUUUUUUAUUACCUAGGUGUAUUUAAUAAACUGUACA